UGCAGCAGUGGUGGUCUCUGCACCUGCACGCACAAAGCUAUCAAGAAAAUCAUCAUCAGGAUCACCAUUCAGGCUGUUGCAUUCAGAGACAUCCUGCACAAUGUGUACGCAAAGCUGCAUGACUGCAUCUGCUGUGCCAUUCACAGCAGGGUGCUGAGCAGCCCAUCCUGGGAUGCCAGGAGUAAACCUAACUCAU